AGCCAGUUCUGCCCUCCCCUAUAUAACAAUUAAUAAGCCUCAGCACAGUUUCCCCAUUAUUAUAAAGCUUCACCACAGGCCUCCUUAAAGAAAUUAAGAAAGUGGAAUCAAUGGAUUCUAAAGAAAAAGCUUCAAUUCCAGUGGCAGAAGGAGAUAAGUACAGGUCUUUCUUGUAUGAUGAAGCUGAGACCACUGAGUGGAGACAUGGUGGUCCUCCAACCUAUGAUUCUGUGAAUCAGCUCUUUGAAGAAGGCCGAACUAAGGAAUGGCCAAAAGGUUCACUUGAAGAAAUAGUUCAGAAUGCUAUCAAAUCAUGGGAAAUGGAGCUUUCACACAAGAUUCGCUUACAGGACUUCAAGACCAUAAACCCUCAGAAAUUUAAGCUUAUUGUUAAUGGAAGAGAGGGGUUAUCAGCAGAAGAGACGCUUAGGAUUGGGAGCUACAAUGCUCUGUUGAAGAAUUCAUUGCCAAAGGAGUUUCUGUACUACAAAGCAGAAGAAGAAAGCUUUGAAUCAUCUCAUGAAGCAUUUAGAUCUGCUUUUCCUCGUGGGUUUGCCUGGGAAGUGCUGAGUGUGUAUUCAGGACCUCCUGUGAUUGCCUACAAGUUCAGACAUUGGGGUUUCUUUGAAGGACCCUUCAAAGGCCAUGCUCCUACUGGAGAAAAGGUUGAGUUCUAUGGGUUGGGAGUUCUCAAGGUGGAUGAAUCUCUUAGGGCAGAGGAAGUGGAGGUUUACUAUGAGCCUGCAGAAUUAUUUGGUGGCCUAUUGAAAGGACAAUCCAUUUCAGAAUCUCAAUCACAAGAUGACACUACAAGAAUUCCAACACCAACUCAUGCCUGUCCAUUCUCCAACUAAUCCUAUCCAUUCUUUCACUUGUUUCUCUUCCAUUUUAAUUUUCAGCAGUAUAUUUCAUCUAUCUAUAUAUAAACGUUUUAAAAACAAUAUAUAAUGCCAUAGUUGCUGUCACAAACUUGCAGUGUGCUGGUCAGCUGGUUUGUUAUUUUUCUUUCGUGAAGCUCUUGGGUUUUGUUGUUUUAUUGGCAUUCUAGGGCCGUUUAGUUGGAAUUAAUCAUUGGAGCUUGGUUUGGGUCUGAUGCUAUCCUCUUCAUCUGCUGCAAUGUAUUUGGUCUCGAGUGCUGUUUUCUGUUCUGAAAUUGAGCAGCCCUGUAUUUCUUUGGAUUUGUGUCUUGGUUGUUUUGGUGUAUUGUUCUCCUAACAGGUUUUUCCUGUCCUUCAUUUAAUGAAAUCUAUUACAUAUAAAAAACAA